UUCGCAGUCGGAGCAGCAUUCAAGUUAUCAUAUCUCCCGCCCAUUCACCUCGGAAAAACUAAGUGAAAUCAGAGCCGCCAUAAGACACACGAGUUAUCCGGAAUCAAUUUCAAUUAUAAUAUUACAUAUUGCAAUUGUAAGAAUCACAACUGAAAUCCGCAACCAUGCAGGCGAGUGCUUUUCACAAGCUGUUACUGCUGCUUCCGCUCGCGUUUUUUGAAAUGACCAAUGGUUCCGGAGAUUGGGACUACCUGUCGAAUGGAAAGGACUGGGGAGACCUCUGCGCCACCGGAAAACUGCAAUCACCGAUUGCGCUGGAUAAAAGCAAAGCAGUUAAGAAGCCAAUGCCGAAGGUCUGGUUCGGACACAAUACGCUUGAGCUGAGGCGCCCCCUGUGGCUUAAGAACAAUGGACACACAAUUAACAUGGACAUACCCACGACGAUCAAGGGAUGGAAACCCUUCAUAGCCGGGGGCCGUUUGAGGGGUCGCUACUAUGCCGUUGGCAUGCACAUUCAUUGGGGAUCCAAGAAUUCCCCCGGAGCCGAGCAUUCGCUGAAUAAGUUUCGAUAUGACGCCGAAGUACAUAUUGUUUGUUAUAGCUCCAAGUACAAUGAUAUUGUGGAGGCAGUGGAACACAAAGGUGGUAUUGCUGUUGUGGCGAUUUUCUUGGCCAUUGAAAGGAAAAACAAACCCGACACCAGUGGCCUAAGGAAGUUUAUAGAUGCAUCCGCACGGAUUCCGUACCACAAUUCGAACACGACUAUUCCUGGUGUCUAUAGCUUGAACGACUUGAUGGGGAAUCCGGAUCUCGAGCACUUCUACUCCUACGAUGGCUCACUGACCACGCCCGGAUGCCACGAGUCUGUCAUCUGGACUGUGUUCAGCACAGUUGAACGUGUCUACAUUGAAGCCUUUGGCAGGUUGUGGAAACUGCUGGACCAUUCGCACAACAAGCUGAUCAACAAUUUUCGCACUGUCCAAGCGCUGAACAACCGAACUGUGUACUAUAGGUGAACAUGUUACUGACAUCCCAAAACUAUGGAUCUGAUGAUGAAAGAGUGGGCUAAAGAACUGAGACGAAGGUUUCUGCGCUGGAAGUCGAUCCAGAUGGUAUUUGAGUUGUGCUCAAGUUGUUACAACAGCUGUUAGUCUUCGAGCUAUCGAGUUGUGAUAGAAGCACACCUUUAUUAAACAACCAAAAAUCUAUAUUUUAAUCUCAA